AUGACUAUCACCAUGUUCACCCCAAUCGAACUGCCGCCAACCUACUAUAUAUCCCUCCACAUGAACGUCCCUAUAUCCCCCCUAUACCCCUGGGGGAUGCCAUAUACCAGAUCCACAAGUUUCUCCCACACCACUACCAUCUACACCAACACCAACACAAACACCACCACCAUCGAACGCAAGGACAGUGGCAUCUGCAUCCCAUCAAAUACCACUUCCCGCAAACCAAGCACCAUCACAAUCAACCCAAAACCAACAACAACAACAACAUACGCUGCACCCUCCCGCUGGACAACCCUAACCUCCCCAGCCGAACAGACCAAAGCUCUCGACUUCCUAACUAACAACUACCACACAAUCCAAACCCUCCAAGCAGCCAACUACACCAUCACCCCAGACACAACAAAGAACAACAUCCGCUUCCAACAAACCCCAAGCACCAACGACCCCUCCGCCCGUCGUGCAGUCUCCUUAGACUGCGAGAUGGUAACCGACACUACGGGCCGUACCCAACUCUGCCAAGUGAGCAUGGUAGAUGUCCUCACGGGGGAACUCCUCCUCGAUCAGCCUGUGCUGCCAAGCGAGCCUGUCUCCGACUGGCGUACGAAGUGGAGCGGUAUGACCGCCGAACUCAUGGCGCAACACGUCGCCGCUGGAAGAACGGUGAACGGGUAUGAAGGGGCUAGAGCCCGUGUGUGGGAAUACAUCGACCAGAAGACGAUUCUGGUCGGUCAGAGUCUGAAUUUCGACUUGGAUGUGUUGGGGAUCGUGCAUGAGAGGGUCGUGGAUACGUAUCUUCUUAUGAGGGGGCAGAGGAGAGGGAGAAGUUGUCGCCUACGCGAUGUCGUGCGGGAUUGUUGUGGGGUCGAGAUUCAGAAGGGAGAGGAGCUGGAAGGGGGGCAUGAUUGUGCGGAGGACUGUUAUGCUGCCAGAGAGGUGGCGCUGUGGGCUGUUGAGCAUCUCGGUAGAGAUGAAGCAUUUAUCUCAAGAAGCAUGAGUCCCAUCGAUGACAAAUUUCAACUGUCUUCUGCAUACUUUCCUGCGACAUGCUACUGUAUACCUCGUGAUGCUGAGUGGGCUACGUUCCACGGCUGGACUCUAAGGGUGGAUACUUAUGAUACCACUCAUGUCAACUACUGA